UUUGACAUUCAGAUGUCAUCCAAUUAGUUACCUGUCAAAAAUAUUAGUAACCGUAGUUUAGGAAAAGAGGUGUGUUAUUAGAAAAUAAAACUAUUUUUGUACGAAAUGGAAGCUUAUGAUGUAAUUGUAAACCAACCGGUAGUUAUAGAUAAUGGUACGGGGGUUAUCAAAGCAGGUUUCGCUGGCGACCAGAUACCCAAAUGUAGAUUUCCGAAUUAUGUCGGUAGACCCAAACAUGUUAGAGUUAUGGCAGGCGCUCUUGAAGGGGAUUUGUUUAUUGGUCCCAAAGCAGAGGAACAUAGAGGUUUAUUGUCUAUUAAAUAUCCUAUGGAACAUGGUAUCGUUACAGACUGGAAUGAUAUGGAAAAGAUUUGGAGUUACAUUUUUAGCAAAGAUCAAUUAAAUACCUUUUCAGAAGAACAUCCGGUUCUACUUACGGAAGCACCUUUAAAUCCAAGAACAAACAGAGAAAAAGCUGCAGAAAUCAUGUUUGAAUCGUUUAAUGUUCCUGCAUUAUUUAUAUCUAUGCAAGCUGUACUUAGUUUAUAUUCCACUGGUCGAACUACUGGAGUAGUGUUAGACGCAGGUGAUGGAGUUACACAUUCAGUGCCUAUUUACGAAGGAUUUGCUUUACCCCAUAGUAUUUUGAGAUCAGAUAUUGCAGGUCGUGAUGUUUCCCGUUAUUUAAGGUUACUUCUCCGGAAAGAAGGAACUAUCUUUCGAACAACAGCAGAAUUUGAAUCAGUGAGAACCUUAAAGGAGAAAGCAUGUUACUUGGCAAAUAACCCGGUUAAAGAAGAAUCUGUAGAAACAGAAUCUAUUAACUAUACUUUACCAGAUGGAAGUGUGAUCAAAGUUGGACCUGCAAGGUUUAGAGCUCCAGAAAUCUUAUUUAAACCAGAUUUAAUAGGUGAAGAAUGUGAGGGUCUUCACGAAGUUCUUCUCUAUUCUAUACGAAAAUCUGAUUUGGAUCUUAGGAAAGUACUUUUCAAAAAUAUAGUUCUAUCUGGAGGAUCCACUUUGUUUAAAGGUUUUGGAGACAGGCUAUUGUCAGAAAUUGCAAAAAUGUCACCCAAGGAAACUCAAAUUAAGAUAUCUGCACCACAAGAAAGGUUGUAUUCAACAUGGAUUGGCGGUUCUAUUUUAGCAUCAUUAGAUACAUUUAAGAAAAUGUGGGUCUCUAAAAGGGAAUACGAUGAAGAAGGUCAGCGUGCAAUACAUAGGAAAACAUUUUAGUUAUAUUUUAUAUAAGUUUAUUAAUUUAUUUUACUUAAAUUCAUUAAUUUUACGUACUAAAAUCUCUUAAAAUGUGAUCAAGAACAUUUACAAACCAUUUUUUAAAGUGAUAUUAAUGAACCAUAUUAACAUUAUUUACAUAGCUGUCUUAAACAGGAUUUUUUUUUACUUGGAUUUAGAAAGUGAUUUUUUUAUUAAUUAAAUUUUUAAAAAGCAAUGAGACCUUAAUUUUAGAUAAUAAAUAUCUACGAGCAUACUAUUUUUGUGUCUAAAUGAACAUACAAAUUUAAAUAUACAUAUAGAGCUAAUUGUAAUUAUAUUGGCCUGAAUAAUUGUUCUACUUCAUUGUAUGUCGCUUUUUAUUGUUAAGAAAAAAAAAUAGAAUUUAUUACUUAUUUGAAUUUAACAUUAUAUUUAUGUUUUUCUAUGAUACAUUUAUAUAAAAGAUCUUUUUUUCAUCUGCACAAUAACAAAUAAAUAACUAGCAGCUUUAGUAUAAAAUAUGUGAAUUUUAUAGUUUUUUUUAAAUAAAUUAUAUUGUUUAAGA